GUGGCCAACAAGCCUUGGCAGCAAGUGGAUGUGUGCUUCGUCGGUGGAGCGCGGCUGGAUUUCCCGUCGUGGCUCUACGCGAGAGACUCUCACCUUUUCUCCCCCUUUCCCCUCUAACUGUCUGUGCCUCUCUCUCUUUCUGUUCCGUUUCGCUGGUCUCUCCUUCGUUUCGCGGCGUGUGUCGCGCGUGUCGUCCGCGUCGCGAAGCUCCGCAUCGCGUGUGCUUGGUGCUUGGUGCUCGUCUGUCCACCGCGUGUGCGACGGCUUGCCCUCCGCGAGGAGGUGAUACUACACAACACAGUGGCAGUGGUGGGCCGCGGGUUCGCAAGGGGGGGUUCGUGCGUGCGUGCGUGCGUGCGUGCGUGCGCGCGACGCGCGACGUCCAAGAAGAGUAUCGUUCGUCCGUGCACGGGUACACAAGACGCGACGACGACGGCGACGACGACGACGACGACGACGACGACGACGACGACGACGACGACGACGGCGACGUUGGACUCGUCGAGUGGUCGUGGUGUAUGUUCCCACGACGAAGUAGUCGCGGCCACGGUAGUUCGCGUCUCCUCGACUCGUUGCCCUCGCGCCUUUCGUCUUCUUUCUCCGUCACGCGUCUCCUAGGAGCAAGAAGCGUCGUCUCCCGCUCUUCCACCGAGUCAUCCUUUCGGCCCCGCGCACCCCUGGGGCAAUAAUCCCGACGAAAAAGAAGACGACGACGACAACAACGACGACGACGACGACGACGACGCUGUUACGAGACCCGAGUGCGAUUGACAGACGGCGGCGACGGCGGCGGCGGCGACGACGACGGCGGAGGAGAGAGAAGGAGGAGUAAAAGCGUGAGAAAAAGAAAGAGGUUGGAGCGCAGAGCCGUGAUUCGAGCAGUAACGCGGCGGCAGUGUGCGUGCGUGAACGUCAAACAUAACCUGCGGAACGUUCGCUGUCGUGCUCGUGUGUCGCGGAUGCGAGAAAGGAUUGAGAGAAGGAACGCGGCGCGUAGUAACGGAAACGCGGACACAGGUCGCCUCGUAGGAUCGACGCUCGACAACGGGAGCGAGGAUCAGGGAAACGGUAUACCGUCGGUCGCGAGCAGUGCGUGAUCGAGCAAGAGAAGGAUACACACACGUCGUCGCUGAUCGCGGAGCUGCGCGACAUACAACACGUCGUCCGCGCGCGCUACUUCGCGCUCCUCCCUCCCGCCGCUAAACCACGUCAGAGGGUAAGAUCCCGCGCGGGCAGUUCGAAUCGCGAAGGACAAAACGCGAUCCUGCAGCGUGCGCGUUAUUCCCGCAACUAGUCGAGCGAGAAAGAGAGAAAAAGAGGGAGAGAGAGCGGCAGAGAGAUAGAAGAACAAAAAAAAUCAGAAGAAGAGGAAAUCCCACGGCGAGGUAGCGCCAUGCUCGCCGCGUGAGUCGCCACUACUCUCGAUAUCGGUCGAUCGUUCCGUCGAUCGGUCCGCGAGUCGGGGCCCGCCAGGGACCAAGAAACGCGCCCUCGACGAAACGUAAUAACGGUGGCUCGCCGUGUCAUCCGGAGGGCGAGGGGGCGCGCCGCCGUCCCGUGAAGAGCGCGCGGGCCUGCUUUGAUGGCAGUGGUCGGGCCCAGCCGGCACUCGCGGGUGUCAAUGAGCGUGUCGAUACCGCUGAUGCAGGGCGGCGGGGCGGGGGCGACCGGCGCCGCCGGUGGCGGCGGCACCGCGGCCGGGGCCCAUCCGGGUCAAGCGGUCCUCGCGGCGGCCGCCGCCGCCGCUGCCGCGGCCCAGGCGGCGCCCCCCACUUAUUAUCACACCGCGGCACCCGCGCCCCCGCCGCCACCACCCGCCCAGGAUCCCGUCCAAGACAGACCCAUCGGCUACGGGGCCUUCGGCGUCGUUUGGGCCGUCACGGAUCCGAGGGAUGGCAGGAGAGUAGCCUUAAAAAAACUGCCGAACGUCUUUCAAAGUCUCGUGAGCAGCAAGCGAGUCUUCAGGGAGCUGAAGAUGCUCUGUUUCUUCAAACACGAUAACGUCCUCUCCGCGCUGGACAUCCUGCAACCGCCGCAUCUGGACUUCUUCCAGGAGAUAUACGUGAUCACCGAGCUGCUCCAGAGCGACCUGCACAAGAUCAUCGUCAGUCCGCAGCAUCUCACCCCGGACCACAUCAAGGUCUUCCUUUAUCAGAUCCUACGAGGCCUCAAGUACCUUCACUCGGCCCGAAUUCUCCACAGGGACAUCAAGCCGGGGAACCUCCUAGUGAAUAGCAAUUGUAUAUUAAAAAUCUGUGAUUUCGGAUUGGCCCGGGUGGCGGAGCCCGAUCAGAACGUGCACAUGACCCAGGAAGUGGUGACACAGUAUUAUCGCGCGCCGGAAAUCCUGAUGGGCGCGCGGCACUACACCGCCGCGGUGGACGUGUGGAGCGUCGGUUGCAUUUUCGGCGAGCUUCUUCGCCGGCGAAUCCUCUUCCAGGCCCAGAGCCCCGUGCAACAGCUCGAGCUGAUCACGGAACUGCUGGGUUCGCCCAGCCUCGAGGAGAUGAGGUACGCGUGCGAGGGCGCGAAAACGCACAUGCUGAGAAGGGCGCAGAAACCACCCUCGCUCACGUCACUGUACAAUCUCAGCAACCAGGCGACGCACGAGGCCGUCCAUUUGCUCUGCCAGAUGCUAGUCUUCGAUCCCGACAAGAGGAUCACCGUGGUGGACGCCCUGGCGCAUCCUUAUCUGGACGAGGGCCGACUGCGGUAUCAUUCGUGCAUGUGCACGUGCUGUUACACGACAAGCGCCGGGAUGCGGCAAUACAGGGUGGACUUCGAGCCCUCGGCGACCCAUCCCUUCGACGAUCUCUGGGAGCGAAAGCUCACGAGCGUGCAGCAGGUGAAAGAGGAGAUGCACAAAUUUAUAGCAGAGCAACUGAACCCGUCGCGAGUGCCGCUCUGCAUAAAUCCGCAAUCUGCAGCGUUCAAGAGCUUCGCGAGUUCUCAAGUUCCGGCUUUAAAAACAACCAAGUACACGAAGUGAUACAUAUUUCUCCACGGUGGCUCACCCCUCGGAAUUGCCACCCUCUCCACACCAGUGGGAAUAAAAAAGUCUUCCCCGUCCCCGUCCCCGAAACCCGAGGACCCGAAGGUGACUUCGCGUCGCGCUCCAAGGAGAAGAAUCUUCAACCGGAAGAUA